AUGAACGACGUACAGCGCAAGCCCAGCGUUCUUCACCCAAAACGUCUCUCCUUGGCCGUAACAUCGCGACUGAGUAGCCUGUUCGAAAAGACUGAGCCAAAGUUUCCAAGUCCACCCUCCAGAUCUCCGACUGCACAUCAAAAGCUUACCAAACCACCGCGGACGAGUUCUGGUCCCCUCACUCUACAAGAGGAUUUCGAUUCCACCGUCCCAGCCGAGCCACCCACUGAGCCCUACUUAAUCAAAGAAAACGACUAUCCCAACCUACGAGCCCUAAGGACAGACCAAGACAUUGGAGACGGAUUAUGGCUAUGUUCCCAUUGUCGACAUGAGAACAUUCUCCGACAUUACAAAGGCGCCUUCCCAUUCAAACACCUCCGCUGCAACCGCUGCAACCACAUCCUCUGCCCAGACUGCCACACCUCCGCCAUCCUCUCCGCCAUCCCCUACGGCCUCAUUCACGCCCGCCGCACCCUCACAGGCCGCCAAGUCCGCUACUGCCACGUCUGUCCCACAUGUGGCCUGAGCUAUCGAGCAGAGCAAGAAGGCACAACCCUAGAUUUCUACGGCACCAUCUGUGUCAACUGCAGUGCCACCUCCUGGGGCGACUGGCCGCGCUACCACAUUGGCAAUCAUGAGCCGUAUCGGCGGGACCCGGACGCGGUUUUUACACAACUGGUGGAUCAGAGGGCCGCGGAUGCCGCGAGGUUGGCGUUUCAGUGGGUUAUUGCGAAUGCCGGUACUAGACCGCGGUCGCGGCUGAGUUGUACGGCCGAGGAUGCCGCUGAUGGAGAGGGGGGAAUGCAGAGUCGCGACAGCGAGGAGAGCGGAGGGAGGGAGCCGCUGACUUGGUCGCCGUGUUGA